AUGCCUUCAAAGGAAUUGGUAUAUCUAUCGCUUGCGUCAUGCUCAGAGCUGCUGAACCGCCAAAAACGGGUAUGGAUCAUUGACUCCUUUACAAUAGAGGAGGAGCAUAAAGGGCCGUUUCCAUAUGAGCUGGGCAAGAUUAAAAUUGACCGUGACUACCGAGUGUACUUUGAUCUCUAUGGCGAAGGAGUGGAUGAGGAGCCGAAAGGACUCCUCUCCAUCAAUAAAGAGACUGGCGUCCUGUACGUCCACAAACCUGUGGACUACGAGGAGAGGAGACUGCUGAAGCUGAAAUUUGAGGCCAAAAAGAUGGAUGCAUCAUCUGACACUAAAUUAGGCAUUGAGAUUUCCAUUCUGGACAUCAAUGACAACCCACCACGCUUUCAGACGGAUCUGUUUGAAGUCAAUGUCAAUGAAGAGAACGUACAAGGCUCUAAUCUCCUGACUCUGGUAGCCCAUGACCGUGACCAGAGUGGGACACCAAACUCAACUUUCCAUUAUGAAAUCAAGUCUGUGACUCCAAACCUUCCAGACACUGAAUUUGUCAUCAGUAAAUCUGGACUGAUCUCAUUCAGAGGAUGUUUGGACCAUGAGGCGGCUGAAAUGUUUACUGUACUGGUGGAGGCCAAGGACCAUGGUGAAGUAGUUAGCCUCUCCAGUUCAACCACUGUUGUGGUUCAUGUCCAGGACGGCAACAACCACCUCCCAUCCAUCAUCGGACAAACAGGAACUGGCAAAGUAAAGGAAUAUGAGACGGGGUCGUCUCCUCUGCGGCUGCAUGUGACUGACAAAGACACAAAGAACACCACAGCAUGGAGAGCCAAAUACACCAUACAAGGUGACGAGGGAAAGCACUUCAACAUAGAAACAGACCCAGACACCAAUGAUGGAAUCCUGACUGUUAUAAAACCAUUGGAUUUCGAAGAAGGAGCAGAGAGGCAGCUGUCCAUCACAGUGGAAAAUGAGGCACCAUAUUUCUCUUGUAAAGUGAAGGAGAGGAUGUCCUCAGGCCUCUGGAAAGUUGACAACAUCAAAGGUGAUGAUCCUGGUGUAGAUCAGCCUCAAUCUGUAAAAGUCAUCAUCGAAGUUGAGGAUGUUAACGACCCCCCAGUGUUUGAUGUGACUGUCAAAGAUGCCAUUCUGGAGGAGAAUGGUCCCCUUGGCACCUGGGUAGAGAAAGUAACCGCUGUUGAUCCUGAUGCCAGUCAUGCAAAUGACUUUGUUUACUCAAUAGGUCACGAUCCUGCUGGCUGGCUGGCCGUGGAUCCCCACACUGGCAAUAUCACUACAGUCAAGACACUAGACAGAGAGUCUCCUCAUGUCGUUAACGGUGUCUACACUGCCUUAAUACUUGCAGUGGAUGAUGGUGAGCCACCUCAGACAAGCACAGCUACGCUGAACAUCCAUGUGACUGACCAGAAUGAUAACGUGCCACAGCUGGCAUUGGACUAUGUGGAUGUGUGUGUGUCAGAUGAUCCCACCACCGUCAACAUCACAGCCUUCGACCUGGAUGACAAUCCCUUCGGAGGACCAUUCACAUUUAGACUGCUGGGGGAUGUCAAAGGAAAAUGGACACUGGACCCUGGAUACGGUUACACAGCUGGCUUGGUGAAUGAGCCUGGUGUUUAUGCUGGCAAACACACAAUUGAUUUAGAGAUCUCUGACAUGCAGGGACUGUUUGGCGUUUACAACCUCAGUGUGACUGUGUGUGAUUGCUCAAUGACAUCCAACUGCCGAACCCACCGAAACGCCGAAAUCACUGUUGCCCCCGGAUCAAUAGUCAUAGUGUUUGCCUCAAUACUUUUACUCCUGCUUCUUCUACUGAUGGCAGUCGUGAUCACCUGCAAAAAGGAGUUCACUGCUUUGCCAUUUGGCGAUGCCUAUGGAGAAACGCUCCUCCUGUCCAACACUGAGGAACCAGGAACAGACUGCAAGGUACCUGAUAGUAUCCUGUCAAUGUCCAUGACAAAGCAGCAACAGGAUUCAUCUAAUGGGCAAAACCUGCAAAGUGUAGUGCAACAAACACAAUUGUUAACCAAGUCUUCUCCGCACGAUAUGGAGCAAAACUACCAACAUGCCACAGUUUACAAGCAGGAAAACAUUUCCCAUCAGUUCAACAGUAGCAUCAUGAACCAGGGUCAGGACUGGAACAUGAUGAAUUUCUACCACAGUACGAACUCUAGCGAAGUACAGGAGGCGACUCUAUUGGGGCUGCUUCAUCGGAGGCUUCUCGUGCUCAAGGAGGAUCAGGGGGACUAUCAGCCUCACAUCUAUGCAAAUGAAGACUUAGACAACUUCUCAGAUCUGGAUGCCAUCACCAUUCCUGAUGAUGAUUCAUUCAUGAAAUCCUUGACAGACCUCAGCCCCAAGUUCAACCAACUGGCCUCCAUUUGCAAGCCACCACAUUUACAAAAAUGA